AUAGAACAGCAGUUGAAAGACUUUUGAUCUUGUUACGUUUUAUGCUGUUCUGGUUUGGUUCCUAAACGAAUGAAAAUGUUCAUUUAAACCGAGAGAUUUCAGAGAUGGGUGAAGAGGAAGCCAAGGGAGGACCAGUGAUUCCAGAGUCUGUGCUGAAGAAACAGAAGAGGAAUGAGGAAUGGACAUUGGCAAAGAAGCAAGAGGUUGAGGCGAAAAAGAAGAAGAAUGCUGAGAAUCGGAAACUGAUUUACAGUAGAGCUAAGCAGUAUGCAAAGGAGUACGAGAAGCAGCAAAAGGAGCUGAUUCAAUUGAAGCGUGAGGCGAAGCUGAAGGGUGGAUUUUACGUUGACCCAGAGGCUAAACUUCUAUUUAUUAUUCGUAUCCGUGGUAUCAAUGCUAUGCACCCGAAGACGAGAAAGAUUUUGCAGCUCUUGCGUUUGAGACAGAUAUUCAAUGGGGUGUUUCUUAAAGUGAACAAAGCAACAAUGAACAUGUUGCACAGGGUUGAGCCUUAUGUGACUUAUGGGUACCCCAAUUUGAAGAGUGUGCGAGAAUUGAUUUACAAGAGGGGGUACGGAAAGUUGAACAAGCAGAGAACUGCCUUGACUGACAACUCCAUUGUGGAACAGGCUUUGGGGAAGUUUGGUAUUAUUUGCAUGGAAGAUCUUAUUCAUGAGAUCAUGACUGUUGGACCUCAUUUUAAGGAGGCGAACAACUUCCUAUGGCCAUUUAAACUGAAGGCACCAUUGGGUGGUUUGAAGAAGAAGAGGAAUCACUAUGUUGAAGGAGGAGAUGCUGGAAACCGUGAAAAUUACAUCAAUGAGCUCAUUAGAAGAAUGAACUAGACAGCUUGCGGUACUUUUGGCCUUUUUUUAUUGGAAGUUUGAUAUCUUUUGCUUCUUAUUAGCAAUUGGUAAAGUUGGAGAAUUCUUUUUCGGGUCAUAAAUAUGAACAAAGUGUUGAGAAAUUUAAUUUGAUAUUUGUUUUUAGACUUUGAUAGUAGAUAACUUUAUUACCUCUUGGAAUUUUAUCAGCAUCCAUGGAAUUGAUCAAUGA